UAUAAAGUAGUGCCCGAAAUAUAUAGAAUCUAUUGUAUGUCAUCGCCUGCUGAAGAUUUUUUUCAAACAAUGUUAGUAAAAUCUUUCAGAGUAGUGCUACUGCUGGCCCACUUCAUUAGUUAUGGAUCCACCUCCUCACUCCCCACCUUUUCCUCCAAAAUCAAGCGCCAGAGCCUCGCCGACUUUCCCCCUUGCCAAACACCCCACGGCAGACACGGCCGGUGUAAACCCCUCGAAACCUGCCACUUCCUCAACGUCCACGCUGGCGACCCCCACCGCGCCAAAGUCCUUUUCCUUCGGCAUUCCGAAUGCGGAUUCCUAGAUGAAGAUCCCAAAGUUUGCUGCCCUCUCUCCCCCAGCGACUCCGAGCCAGAAGGAAAUUCCUCAUUUAUCAAAACCGACAUACUUCCUAGCCUGGAAGAGUGCGGAAUUAGCAACGUUCGCAACACAGAUGGCGGCGAAGAAACCAAACUGGGCGAAUUUCCAUGGAUGGUGGCGUUGGAGUACUCGAAGUAUGAUAAAAGAACCAAGGAGAUGGUUCCAGACAUUCAAUGUGCGGGCGUUUUGAUUAGCAAGAGAUACGUUUUGACUGCAGCGCAAUGCGUGAAAGAGGGAUUAGAGAGGGUACGAUUGGGUGAUCACAACCUCAAGACUAACACAGACUGCGGCGAUGGUGUGUGUGCUCCGAAGUACCUCAGUGUGAUCAUACAAGAAUCUGUGAUCUUCAAAACGUACAAAAAACAGGAGUACCACGACAUAGCACUGCUGUAUUUAAACGAAGAAGUCAAGUUUUCUGAUUUUAUCAAACCUGUGUGUCUACCAACAACCGUAGAGGAAUUGUAUAGGUCAUACGUUGGACAAAAAGCCACGGUGGCAGGUUGGGGUCAGACAGCAACAAGUUAUUAUAAUAACGAAAUGCUGCUUAAAGUUGAAGUUCCUGUUGUCAACUCUACUAAACAUUUUGGCCCCGACGUGGGUUUGGUAUUUGCUGGAGGAGAAGAAGGAAAAGGUCCUUGUUAUGGGUUUAAUGGUGCGCCUUUGAUGAUCAAACGACAGGUGAUGGGAGGUGCCCGGUGGUACGCUAUUGGUGUGCUGUCUUAUGGGUCAAUUCCAUGUGCCCAGGCGGACGAACCAAGUGCUUACACUCGUAUUUCAAAGUAUAUGACGUGGAUUGAAGACAACAUCAGUUCUCCGAAAGAGGACAUUUAUUACUCUUAAAAAAUUCUAAAUAGUUUUUUAAGUACCUGUCAUCUCACCCUGUCUAAACCAUCUUAAAAUAAAAAUUGGGAACAAAAA